GGGCACUUCUAAGCUGACCCCUAACACCGAGGAACAUUAUACCGAUUGGGCUGAUCGUAUUCAGUUAAGCCCAGCACUUUAUGCCCCAAACGAAAUGGCAGGCUAUGGCGGAUACUCAGACUGCAUGCGCCUAGGUGUAUAAAGGGGAGCUAUGAUAAUGAACCAUGCCCUCCUCUGGUUUAACCCUCUAACAUCACCCCUCCCUAGCAACCCUCCUUCUUUAUCGGCUUACAAACCUGACAUAGGCAUAGCUACAACUCAACACUAUGGCCGUUGUCGUAAUUGCAGGUGGGCUUGGUGACCUCGGCCGCAUCAUUACAGAUGCCCUAUACGAGCAAGGGAAACAUGAGGUGUACGUCAUGUCCAGAAAGGACCCUGGAGACAGCCAGAUCCGUACAUCGCCAUUGACGGGUAAAGAGUACAACCCAAUAAUCGAAACAGACUAUUCGGAGACCUUCCUAGUUAUGCAGUUCGCGGAGAAACAGAUCACUGUGGUGAUAUGCGCUUUCAUAAUGGACAGCGAGUCCACAUGCGCCGCUCAGGUACAGCUCAUCCGUGCCGCCGAGCGCAGUGAGUGCGUGCGGCGUUUCAUCCCCUCAGAAUUCAACGUAGAGUACCACGUCGGAGACGAAGUCCUACCUUACCCUGAGAAGAAAUUCCACAUCACGGCUCGGAUCGAGCUCAACUACACGAAGACACUCGAGUAUGCAUAUGUCUACCCAGGUAUGUUCAUGGACUACUUUGGUAUGCCCCACGUCGCAACGCAGCUGCGACCGCUGUACUUCUUCAUCGACCCCGCGAAUGGACAAGCCGUGCUCCCCGGGGACGGCGAGGCGAAGAUGAGUAUGACAUUCACUACCGAUGCCGCAAGGUAUAUCGCGCUCGCGCUUGACUUGGUUAAGUGGCCGCGGAUCCUGACCACCGUCACGAGCACCGUGACGUUAAACGAGCUCGUUAGACUGGCGGAGAAGAACAUCGGUUGUGUACUUACAGUGCGCUAUCAACCUAUUGAGAACCUCCUGCGACAUGAGCCCCUGGCGGACUUGCCAGGAAAUAUUGAUAUCGCUGCGGCAUACUCCAGGCGCUUUCCGGGGGGUCUCAGUCAGGUGAGAGCACUUGUUGCCGACCUUGAAGCUGGCGUUGCUCUCGGCGCUUAUGAUCUUACGAGUUUAGUAGACAAAGAACAAGAUUGUCUGGAUCUCGUUCACGCAUUUGAGGGGCUGGAGGGUGUUCCACCACCGAGAAGAAUUGAGAGGUUCAUGAAGGAGGCUUGGGGAAGAGGGUGGUCGUAGGAUGUGACGGAUGGUCCGCGCCCGCAGAUUAAUCGAAGUCGGCAGGUAAAGUGGGGGAUCACGCAUUAUUAGGUGGUCAUACAGCGUCUAUACGAUUUGGACAUGCAUUGAAGUUGUCAUGGAUAUGCUGACCUGAUGAGUGGUUCAUAGAGCUGCUUCAUGAGGAGCUGGUUGAUGGAGCGAAGUAAUGAAAUGACGACGAGCUCUAUUAUCAUUUUGUGAAACAUCGUCGGUGUAUAUCUAGAGCAAUACGCAGUACACAUUACACCCACAAACAAGAAACACC